AUGUCCGGCAUCUUCCUUAUUCUGGCUCUACGCGGACCACGAUAUAACUGGAUAAGGAAGGGUGGUCGCAUGACACCGUACAGUGCAGACAUGCUGACUGCCUUCUUCGCCAAAACUAUUGAGCUGUCCUUUGCGACUGUAUUUGUCUCAUUCCUCGGACAGGUACUAUCCCGCAGAGCGUUCAUGAAGAACCAAGGCCGAGGUAUCACUCUUGCCGAAAUGGACAUGCGGAGUUGGGUAAUGCAGCCCGGUACCAUGAUCACGCACUUUGAAGCACUCAAGUCGAGUAUUUUGUCUUUGCUCGGCAUACUCUCGUUAGUGGCUGCCGUGGUAGCAAUGCUGUACACCACGGCUUCCGAAUCACUUGUCCAGCCAAUCCUCCGAUACGGACCUUGGGAGCACGGAUCCAUGCAGGGUCUUGUCAAAACCAUCUGGGCAAAUCCAACAUAUCUUGGAGUGAAUUGUGGUACGCCCAUCGCCGUAAAAGAGGACGAUAUUGCAGGUAACACCUGCCUUCAAAUCCAAUAUGCCGCUCAUAGCUACUACAAUUACCAGCGAUACGUCUCUGACUGGGCCACUGUGUCGAAGAAUGGCAAUGGCUCAAGUAGCCCCAGCCAACGGCCCAAAGGAUUUGCGAUGAUUUUUGAGAAUACCACAGUCACCGCUCCCUGGAUUGAUCUCGAGAAUAGCGAUGUCACUGCAAACUCAAAGCAGCAUCAAAGGAUUAUCAACAACGUCACGCUUGCUCUACCUCAUGCUGGUGUGCCAGGAGCAGCAUGGGACGAGGUGAAUCAUAUUCUACAGCCCGAGGACUUGGAUGGCAUGGGUGUCUACGAACUUCGAGCCUCGGUGCCUUCCCCGGCUGUGAAUGUUUUAUGUGCCCUGAUGACUGAGGAGGAACUCGACCCAAUUGUUUACACCAAGUGGACCAAUUACAGCUCAGUUGACCUCGCAAACAACACACUCAACGUCACUGAUUGGCCUACUGGAGCACCACUUGCGUUUUAUCAACCCGGAACUGAGGUCAACGGCACUUGGCUGAACAAAACAGUUGUGGAUGACAUUUUCGAAUGGGGAGAGAAGUAUCAGACAUCGCCACCAGUGUUUCCCAAGGUCCCCGUCGCAUACAACACGCUCAUGAAUCAUACUGGAGUCUACGGUCGUAAAGCCGUCUAUCUGCUUGGUCGAGAUGCCACCAACAAUUUCGCUCUGUGCUCGAUCAAGGUAUUUUCGACCCCAUUUUGUUCAACAGAAUACAACGCGUCUCUAGUUGGCGCAAGCUUGGAAGCAAAAUGCGAUGAUUCUCAUGAAGUCGAUUUGACCAAAAACAUGAGAUACAUCGACAGUCUGAGCAAUGCGACAUCCGGAAGUGACACCAUCAACAAAGACUGGCCUUACAUAGGGACAGAACUGUUCAACUCGCUCUCGCUGAACGCCGGCAUCAACGAUGGUCAAGCCAGUAAUGCUCGCCUGCUUGGUGAACUCAUUCUGACAAAGGAGACCCUUCAACCCGAUCGACCCAGCAUCGCUGAAGCCCUCGCCGUACUUGCAAGUUCUACCCUUCUGAUGUCAUGGCAAGACGCGCCUUUUACCCAGUUCUGGAACUACACAGCUACCACUCUCUCGCCGGGUCAAUACCAACGCUUCAACGCCACCUUACGGGCCCAAGAAUACGCCUCGGGCGGCUCGGGUGCAAAAGCUACCCACACCUUCUACAUCGUCUUGUUCGCCAUCUUCAUUCUCAACAUCAUCUGUCUCUGCUACUUCAUCUCUCAAAAUGGCCUCAUCACCGACUUUUCCGAGCCUCUGAAUCUCUUCUCCUUGGCAGUCAACUCACCACCUAGUGAUCUGAUGGCGGGUAGUUGUGCUGGAGGGCCGAAGGGGCAACAAUAUCGUGCUGCAUGGUUCGUCAAUGCUGCUGGAGAACAUCUGUUCAUGGAGAACAAGGAUGAUAAUAGGGAGAUUGGGGAUGAGCAGCAGGUGCCUGGGCCCGGGCACAGGAUGCAGCAUUUGAGUCCGAUCAGUCCGAUGAGAUCGGCUUUUGAGAAGAUGAGUCGGCGUAAGAGCUGGCUUUGA